CAAGUUUAGUCUGUAAGCGCACGGCGAGGACGCCAAACUAAAGUAAAAGCCAGUUAACAGUUGCAUAGUAAACCUUUGCAUGUUUGGGGUGCACAUUUGUUUAAACAAACUGGAAAGUACGGUGUCGACGCCGAAGGUUUUGUCUUUGUACUUUAUAAAUUGACGUUUCAGGAUGGAUACCAUGCCUUGCCACUGGAAUGAAGCGAGUGGGCAAGAUUCCUUUCCGAGGCCCAGGGCUAUAACAAACACCUUGUCCCGGCUGGCUCAACUGAUCGCUAUCGCGUCGAGCACAAACAGGAAGGACAUGCUCUUAAACCCCAGCAGCCCGGACCCUCCAUUUGCAAGGACUGCAGCCAAGAAUUCCCAGACCUGGGUGCCCUUGGCCGCCACCAGCAGAAGGAGCACGUGCUCCGCAAACCCCAUUGCUGCCCUCGGCUGCGGCCUGGAGUUCACCCUGGCGUCCACCAUGCAGCUGCACAGGUGCCUAGAUGUGCCCUGCCGUCUGUCAGGUGUGCAGAGGGAAGCCACAGUGGGGCUCGCUCUGCCCGUCGUGCCUGGCCCAGGCCCCGGGCCCCCACAUCCCAGAGGACCCCCCCCAGCCGCAACACCGCAACCACAGGCUCCACGACGACGGCAGCCCCUACGCCUGUACCCCGUGCGGGAGAACCUUCGGCCACAAGCAGGAGCUUCUGUACCACCAGCAGGCAGAAGGCUGCCAACCGGCGCCACUCAGCCCCAAGGCGCUGGCUUCCUGCCACCGUCGCCUGCGCCAGGGCUCUCCCCCGACCACACCCCCCACGCCCUCCCAGGCCUCCCUGCCACCAGCACCUUCAGCACGGAGCGUGCGGACACCAGGACACCUGCGUCCUUUGCUUCAGGACGUUCCGCUCCGCAGCAGGCCUGGCCAGCCAUCAACGCUUCGUCCACCAGAACAGGUGGAAGAAAGAAGAGGCAGAAGCUGACGACGGUGAGGGAGUUCCACACGGUGACGAAAAACCCGUCGUUCCCCUGCCGCUCCUGUGACAAAGUUUUCUCCCAGACGUCCAUGCUGUACCUCCACAGGAAGGAGGAGCACAGGCGCGAGGCUCCAGUGGCCAGGCAGCAGAAGGGCUUGGUGAAGAGCACGCGGCAGAGGCGGAAGAGCGAGACAUACCCGUGCCUGCACUGCGGCAAAGUCUUCCUGCACCACCUCACACGCUGGGCGCAUUUCAAGAGCUACAGCACCCACUACCAGACCCACCUGGCCAACAGUGGGAAACUGGGUAAAACGCACAUAGCUGGCAAAGCUGCCAAGGACCUCAGAGUGGCUAGAAGACUCAAGCUGGCUCCUCCCUCGAAGCCGUGGAGGGAGGAGUCUAAGCCCCUCAAAGAUCAGAACAAAAAGGCGAAGACCCACGUGGCUUCGAUGGACAGAAAGCAAGAGAGCGGGCCCGAGGAAGAGUCAGCAGGGAAAGGACGAAGAGCGGGAGUUCCCUGCCCGUCGUGCGGCGGAGGUCUUCGGCACCCCGGUCCUCUCUGCGAGAACACGAAGUGGUUCACCAGUCGUCAGUCCGUCUCGGCCCGCUGCAGUAUGUGUACUGCCAGGGUUAUCCUCCCAGAGACUGCGCAAUCAGUUGGAACUGUAGUCUAUCACUGUGUGCCCUGUGAGCAGGUGUUUGUGGACCUGGACACUUUUCUGCAGCACUGCCAGCGCACCUUCCUCUUCGCAACGACGAUGAUGAUGGUGGAUGAGGGUGAGAAGGGCGGUGAGAAGCUCAGCGGUGAUUUGAGUGGACGUCCCUCACUUGCUGCCUGUGAUGUUUGAGUUAAUAAUAUCAGCUACUGCUUCAAGCUCAGUUGGCACUAAUGUCCAGUAUAUCUACAUGGAACAGUGGCGAGUUGGCAAAGCUGCAUUUCUAAGAAAGUUUGAAUGUUUUGGGGAAACACGCACUGGCAAAUAACAUGUUCAACAUAUUCUUGUAGUAAUAAUGUAAAUUAAGGGGACUUUUUUUUGUAUAUCAGUUAUAUCUUCAUAUAUAUUGUUAUUAUAUAUUUUUUUGUGAAUUGAAUGUAAAUCCAGGAGUAUGCCUUACCUCUGCACUGGACGGUUUUUCACAGGUGUGCCACUUUUUGGACAGAUACUACAUGGAAAUAAUUUUUUUUUUUUUUUUUUUUUAAA